GAUGCGCCGCCGGGAUCCGGCUGGAAUCCGCCGCGACCUCCCGCGGGGCGACGUCCUCCACCGCCCCAGCCCCUAAACUAAGGGGGUGGGGGCGGCGCCCAGGAGAGGAGUGCAAGCGAGAAGUACAGCUAGAGAAGAGCCUGAACAGAGAAAGGAGGCCAAGAUCUGCACAACUGAACACUUCAAGACUCUGAGAGGGCGGUCACCGGCCUCACAUGACGCCGCUGUCACGUGAUCAGGCCCCGCGGGAGCCGCGGCGCCUUUCCGUCCCGCGGCUGCAGGAUUUCUUAGGGGGUCCAACCCCCCGGCUCACGCCACCAUGCUGUCCCGCCUGCUCAAAGAACACCAAGCCAAGCAGAACGAACGCAAGGAACUGCAGGAAAAGAGGAGGCGAGAAGCUAUCACUGCUGCGACCUGCCUGACAGAAGCUUUGGUGGACCACCUCAACGUAGGUGUGGCCCAGGCCUACAUGAACCAAAGAAAGCUGGACCAUGAAGUGAAGACCCUGCAGGUCCAGGCUGCCCAGUUUGCCAAGCAGACAGGCCAGUGGAUCGGGAUGGUGGAGAACUUCAACCAGGCGCUCAAGGAAAUCGGGGAUGUGGAGAAUUGGGCUCGGAGCAUUGAGCUGGACAUGAGAACCAUUGCCACCGCCCUGGAAUACGUCUACAAAGGGCAGCUGCAGUCUGCCCCCUCCUAGCCCCUCCGCCCUCCCCCUUCCCUCCAGUAGGGACAGGAGGAGACUGAUGGGUCAUGAAUAAAAUGCAGCGUCCA